AAACCGCAUCCGUGGUGGAUACACACACACACACACAGACAAGGUGGAACUGUCCUGUAGAUAGCUGCACGCUACACUUGAGACCACAGACGGCCUCCCAACUUGUCUCUGUUAUAUUGUCGCUUCUAUGACAAUCAAUCCUCUGAUUUGUGACACUAUUAUGGCUGGCAGCACCUCCAAGACAGUUCACGAUAUCUUUCAAAGCAUGGAGUACGGGCCGACUUCUUCCAGCUCCGCCACUGCACAGGCCUGGCUGGAGAGCCACGCCCGCACCCUCGGCCUCUUCAUCAACGGCGCGUUCCUGAACCCGGCCGGAAGACAGCUGACGAGCCUGACGGACGCUAAAGGGGAACGUGUGUUCAGUGUGGUGUGUGCUGGGAAGGAGGACGUCUCCGAGGGCCUGAGCUCCUCCGCCAGCGGCCUGCGGUCGUGGAGCGAGCUGUCCUGCGCCCAGAGGGCCAAAGUGCUGCUAAAAUGGGCGGGCGUCCUGGGUCAGCACGGCCCGUGUGUGGCGGAGCUGAGCGACCUGUCCGGUGCCUCCUGCCCCCCCGCCUCCCUGGUGCGGCUGGCCCAGUACUACUCCGGCUGGGCGCAGCUCCGCGACGCACGCCUGUCCCACUGGAGCCCGCGCGGUGUGGUGGAAGUGGUGGCCUCGGAUGACUGCCCGCUCUACUCCCUGAUGCUCAAAGUCCUGCCAGCGCUAGCCAUGGGAAACGCUGUGAUGGUUGUGCCUGGCCGUGUCGCCGCCCCUUCAGCGCUCCUAUUGGCCCAGCUUUUUACAGAGGCGGGACUCCCUGCCGGGGCCUUGAACGUUUUGCCCGGGGACCCUGUGUCUCUGGGGGCCAUUGUGGCCCAGAACCCCACCAUCAAGUCUGUGACCUACUGCGGCAACAAGCAGGACGGAGCGGCGCUCUGCAAGGCCACGGCAGGCCUGGGCGUGGCGGUCUCCGUCUCGCCCGCCGUCGGUGCCACGUGCCCCUUCGUCGUGUUCGAGUCGGCCGACAUCGACAGCGCGGUGGACGGGGCGAUCGAGGCCGCGUUCAAGAAGAGGAAGGAGGUCCAGUGGGUGCUGUGCGUGCAGGAGGGCGUCCUGGACGCGGUGCUGGCCCGUCUGAGGCUGCGGCUGGCCGGCCUGAAGUGCGUGUCCCUGGCGAGCGAGGCGGACCGUGUCCUGGUGGAGGCCGCAGUACAGGGGGCCGUCCAGCAGGGGGCAACGCUGAUCCAGUCGUGCGGACCCCCGGCCUCGGGCCUCCAGUACCCUGCCACCGUGCUGUGUGGUGUGGCCCCCCCCUCGCCCUGCGUGGCCAGCCCCCCGCCCUGGCCGCUGCUGCCCCUCAUGACGUUCAGGAGCCACGCGGAAGGAGUGACGCUUGCGAACCACAGCCCUCACGGUCACGCAGCCUCCAUCUGGACGGAAGACCUCACCCUGGCUCUGGAGGCUGCCAAGAGCCUCUCCGUGGGCUCGGUGUGGGUCAACUCCCACUCGGUGUGUGACCCGUCGCUGCCCUCUAGUGGACACAAGGACAGCGGCACCUGCACGGACGGCGGCCGGGAGGGUCUGUACCAGUUCCUCCAGUCCUCCCCCUUUGCCCCCUCUCUCUCCCGCUCCACCCCGGCCCUGGACUACGACACGUUUGGAUCGGCUGCGUCGCCCGCCGUCAUUCCCACGGAGAGUGCCCCCAAGUUCUACCGGCAGCUUGUCGCGGGCAAGUCGUGCAAGUCCGAGUCUGGAGGCAGUGUUGCGGUGCAGACACCAGAUGGCGCCAGCGUGCUGGCCUACUGCCCGGACGGAGGCAGGAAGGACGUCCGCAACGCGGUGGAGGCCGCCAUCAAAGUACAGCCUGGCUGGAUGAAGAAGGGGCCUUCUGCACGCGCUCAGUCCCUCUACUCCCUGGCCAAGGAGCUGGAGGCCAAGAGGCCGGAGCUGGCCGCAGCCAUCAGAGCCCAGACCGGCCUCUCAUUGGACGAGGCUGACCUUGAGGUGGAGCUAAGCGUGGACCGGCUCACUGAUUGGGCGGCACGCUGCAGCCAAACCCAGGGCGGUGCUCCGGCCGUCCCCCAGGCAGGCUCCGCCCUCUCCCUCCCCCAGGCGCUGGGCGUGGUCGGCGUCGUCCUCCCCGACCACAAGCCCCUCCUCUCCCUGGUGACGCUGCUCGGGGCGGCCGUCGCCAUGGGCAACGCCGUUGUCAUGGUGCCCAGUCAGCGGUACCCAGUGCCAGCCUUGACUUUCAUCCAGGUGCUGCAGGCCUCUGACCUACCAGCGGGCCUGGUCAACAUCAUUCCCGGCGCCCGCGAUCAGCUGACUGCGGCUCUGGCCAAUCACAACGUGAUCAAGGCCAUCUGGUACUGGGGCAGCCCUGAGGGCUGUCAGUACCUGCAGCACACGUGCACCGGGCCCUUCAAGACCCUGUGGCUCCACAGCGGGGGUCCCGCGGCGGAGGAGGAGGCCUGCUGGGCUCCCACCAGCACCUCCUUCCUGGAGGAGACCUGGAACCAGUCCACCCAGUGGAGGAGCGUCUGGAUCCCCACCGCCUAGGCUCCACCUCCACCUCCACCUCCACCUGGCUGGACCACCGUCAUCUUCAUCACCAUCACCACAAACUAGGCUGGAUCAUCAUCAUCUUUAUCACCAUCAUCACCACCACCUUGGCUGAAACCUCCACCUACACCAUCACCUAAUUCGGAUUCCCAGCAACACCACCACCUAGGGUGGAGCUCCACCAACACCACCACCUAGGGUGGAGCUCCACCAACACCACCACCUAGGGUGGAGCUCCAGCAACACCACCACCUAGGGUGGAGCUCCACCAACACCACCACCAAGGGUGGAGCUCCAGCAACACCACCACCUAGGGUGGAGCUCCAGCAACACCACCACCUAGGCCGGGCCCCCCAGGAGUAGCAGUAGGAACCUCUGGGGGAGGAGAAUAGUGUGGCCUCCAGGUUGUAGAGGUUAGGCCAGGGGGAGAUCCCAGCGAGUAGGAAGGAAGGAAGGAAGGAAGGAAGGAAGGAAGCAAUGAAGGGUUCAGGAGAGGUAGCAGGAGUGCGGAGGUGUCAUAAGGGGCUCAGUCCUGAAGCCACUGUCAUUGUCUUGGUAAAAUAGUCCAGUUCCAACACCCCUUCUGCCUUUGUCUCGAUCAGAUGGCAAGUGCUUCCAGAGAGGGAAAUCAAAGAGUCCAGGUAGUGUUUGACCUCAUCCUAAAAUCAUUGAAUAUUAAUGAGUUAUUCCGAUUAAAAUACUGUUUGCCCCAAAUUAUUACACGGCGAUGUUUGUAAAAAUACAGCGUGAUUUGUUCUCUAACAUUUGGUACACAAGGUUCUAUUUCUCAUGUUCUGUCAAAUGUAGAAAAUGAUAAAAAUACACAGAUUUGCGUAUGCAUUAUGAUAAAUCACAAAACAACGUUAAUGUUUUCAGUACAACCCAAAUUAUGAAGACGUUACCUCUGAUAGUGUUUGAUAGAAUAAUAUAAUUUUAAUAUGUGAGAAUGCUUUGCUACAAUCUUGGCGGUUAACGUUCUACCUCUUGUAUUCGAGCAGGCCUUCUACUGCAUAAUUUCCAGCGAAAGUACUUGCUUUCGUAGCAUUCGCAGUACGAGCGAAAGAAGAUGAAUCCAUCUAAAAUAAAAUCUGAUGUAACCUGUAUAUUCCAGCCAUAUCUGCCUUGUAUUUCAGCUUCUAUAAGCGUUGAUUUCUUUCCAGAUAACAAUAAUUCUUGGCACUGAACAAUGUGAUACUGUAAUCUUCAGCCAGCAAACUACAUUCAUAGUUUGAUGGCAGUAACAUUCCCGGAAAGCACUUAAAGAGUUUCAAAAUGUGUGAAAGCCAUGCCUCUAUUAAAAGUUUGUUAUUAAAGAUCAAAUGUUAUAAAAUGUGCUGCGUCACAUUCUUUUAAUAGCUAUUAAAGAGCGGAUUAAGAUAUAAAAUUGGA